UCGUUUUAGACCCAGCUACCUCACGAGCGGCUUUGGACUUGCAGUUCCAAUCCCCCAAUUUCAAUGGCUUCCAUUCAAUACUGAAAUUGGGGUUAGGGUUAGGGUUAGCUUUAGGGUUAGGGUUUUUUUCAUCAACAAUAUGGUCUCGCUUCUGCUAACAAACCCUAGAUUUUCCUCGUCUCAUGUUGCCCGUAAACUUCCCGCUCGGGAAAAUUCAAAGAAAUUGAAGGCAAAUGGCUUGGUUAUUAGAGGUCCUAGAUGUGCCGUAGAUACACCUUAUGGAGGGGGUAACCUUACAAAGUUUCCUCGAAUUACUGUUUGGGAUCCUUAUAAGCGCCUUGGAAUACCUCCUGAUGCAUCUGAGGAAGAAAUCUGGAGUUCACGCAAUUUUCUCUUGCAACAGUAUGCUGGACAUGAGAGAAGUGAAGAAUCAAUAGAAGCUGCUUUUGAGAAAAUUCUCAUGGCCAGCUUCAUAAAUAGGAGGAAAACAAAAAUCAACUUGAAAAGCAAAUUAAAGAAGAAAGUGGAGGAGUCUCCACCUUGGGUAAAGAACUUGCUCAAUUUUGUGGAACUUCCUGCAACUGAAGUUAUUUUUAGAAGAUUGUUCCUCUUUGCAUUCAUGGGCGGGUGGAGUAUAAUAAAUUCUGCUGAAGGUGGACCUGCUUUUCAGGUGGCAGUCUCCUUGGCAGCUUGCAUAUAUUUCCUCAAUGAGAAGACAAAAAGCCUAGCAAGAGCUUUCAUUAUUGGACUUGGAUCUCUUGUUGUUGGUUGGGUGUGUGGUUCCUUCUUGGUUCCCAUGAUCCCAUCCUUUUUAUUGAGACCGACCUGGACGCUUGAACUCCUAACUUCGUUGGUAGCAUAUGUCUUCUUGUUUCUUGGCUGCACUUUUCUCAAAUGAUUGCUGCUGGAGUUGAGAAGUAGAAGGGGCUUGAUUACUUUCCCGUUUUGCUUAAAUCAUUGUAUUUUUCUCAUGGAAGAGCUUUCACCGGCCAUGGUACAGAUGGAAGAGGGUAUGAGAUGAGUCCUUUUGGGCAGAAGGCAGAUCCGCAUAAAUCAGAAGUUUUAGGUAUAAUGUGGCCAUUUCCAUGAAGUUUGAUCUGAUAGAUUGUGAGCGGUGAGGGGCCUUCCUCUAAAUUCAGAAUUUUGAUGACUUUUGGUCGCUCUUUAUUGUCAUGCAUAUUAUUCCAUACUCCCUCUAAAUCUCGUAUCUUCUUAUCUGGAAAAAGAGAUAAGACUGCAUUUUGACC